AUGUCGGCCCAAGACAUUUUGCUCCAGGACAUUCAGCGGACUGCUGGUGCUUCUUCCACUUCACUAGAGAUCAUUGAAUCCCAGGUCCAUGUCGAGCCGAAAAGUACAAAUUUUCUCUCUGUCUAUAGCUUUACAACCGUAUCGCAGCGAUGCGCGUUGCUGGUCUCGGCGUGCUGCGCCGUCAUUGCUGGUGCGGCCAUGCCUCUCGUGACGGUUGUCUUCGGAGCUCUGGUGGAUGAAUUCAUCGACGCCGUCCAGCAUGGCCGUGGAGGGUCUGAUGAUAUUACGGCCAAGGUAAAGCACCUUACCCUUUUUUUAGUCUACAUAGCAAUCGCUUCAUUUGCCACAACUCUGGUUAGUACUUGGGGUUUCAAUGUGGUAGGCGAAGCGAUCACCGCGGAUCUUCAACGGCGACUUCUGGCCUCGGUCUUGCAGCAGAAUAUCGCUUACUUCGAUAUUAUCGGCACCGGACAACUCAUUUCCCAUAUAGACACCGAUAUAAAACUUAUACAAGGGGGCAUAUCACAGAGAGUGGCCUUCAUUCUCUCGGGCGUGUCGGGUUUCGUAGUUGCGAUUGUAAUCGCGUUCAUCAGGAAUCGUCCUUUUGCAGGCAUCAUGUUCUCCCAACCAAUCGCUCUUCUCCUACUGGUGGGGGUUUUAGGCUUUUGGUUGAGCCAAACCCAGCAGUGGUAUGAGUCUCAGUACGUAAAAGCCAACAAUUUGGCCCAAGAAGUCCUCGGUGCGAUGAGAAGCGUCAUCUCCUUCAGGAGCCAGGGGCGCUUCUCGCGCAAGUACCACGAUAGCCUGAAGCUUCCGGCCGCUCUGGACUUUAGAGAACGGCUGAUAUUUGGGAUGAUUGUGGGAGGCUCCUUUACCGUCUUGCACUGGGCCAACGGGUUAGGUAUCUGGCAGGCCGAUUACCUCUUUCGCCAGGGUCGCUGUAGCAUUUCGGAAGCCCUGACUAUUAUCUAUGCAACCACUGUCGCUGGCGGCAUGCUCUGCCAAGUGCUGCCCUUCAUAGUGUCCAUCACUCAGGCCAGUGCAGCAGCAGCUCGCGUGUUUUCGGUUAUCAAGCGAGUCUCGCCCAUCAAUCCAAUGCAUGAGACAGGAAGCACGGUCAGUCCCGUCCGAGGGCGGAUUCGGUUCGAGCACAUCAGGUUCGCGUACCCUUCAAGACCGGAGCGGAUCAUCCUCAACGACAUCAGCUUCGACGUACCCGCUGGAUCCACAGUAGCCUUGGUUGGUGCGUCUGGGUCGGGAAAGUCUACUAUAUUUGGUCUUCUCGAACGAUUGUACCUCCCGCUCAGUGGUUGUAUCACAUUGGAUGAUAAGCCGAUCGAAGAGCUGGACGUUUCGUGGCUGCGGUCACAAAUCGGCUACGUGGAUCAGGAGGUUGCAUUGUUUCGCGGAUCAAUCCACGAAAACAUUGCAUACGGGCUCCCUAGAUCUGCUACUGAGGACCAGGACACAUCUUCUGUGAGACACCUGGUGAUCCAGGCAGCCGAAACAGCCCAGAUCCAUUCUUUCAUCCUAGGUCUUCCCCACGGGUAUGACACGAUAAUCGGCGCUAACGGAUUGGAUCUAUCUGGUGGUCAGCGGCAACGACUCGCUAUCGCUCGCGCAGUUGUAUGUCGGCCCACGAUAUUAUUGCUUGACGAGGCCACGGCUGCGCUAGACAGUGAGUGUGAAAAGGAGGUACAAGAGGCUCUCAAUCAUGCCAUGGUCGGACGAUCGACCGUCGUGAUUGCCCACAGGCUGUCGACCGUUCAAAACGCAGACAAGAUUAUCAUACUCAAAGACGGCCAGGUCCUAGCCCAAGGGUCUCAUGAAAAGCUAUUAUCCCAGUCCGCCAUUUACCAGAAACUGAUCAAGCAGCAGGCGCCUUGGUCUAGUAAUGGAUUCUAUGGUCAUCACGAGCAGGACGGGAAAGCACGCAGCCAACUCAAUUCUCCAGCCAGGACACCCAAGGUGCCGGUGGAUGAGAUUCUAGUCAGCCCUGUUGUCACUAAAAUUCCCGACAAUACAUCUUCACCAUCCAACAUCAGGAACAGUAUCAAAUUUGUCUGGUCUCUUAAUAAGCCCGAGGCGUACUAUAUCAUCGCCGGGAUUAUCUUCAGCAUCCUUGCGGGCAUGACAUACCCCAUACAAGCCAUUUUCUUCGGCAAUGGGAUCAUAUCUAUCAUUAACCCUCAAUUAAGCACAGCCAGUCAUACGGCUCACUUUUGGGCCUUGAUAUAUUUUGUUUACGGAAUCGUGGUCUUCGUGGUUUAUUGUAUACGAGGAUACUGCUUUGCUGUCUCUGCGUCGGAGCUCAAUCUUCGCGCUCGCUCAUCCCUGUUCAAAUCGCUAGUUCUGAAGAAUCUCACCUUCUUCGAGACACCAGAUCAUUCAACUGGUGCGUUGGUGAGCUUCCUCUCAUCGGAGACCCAGAAAAUAAAUGGGGUCUCCGGAACUUCGCUCGGCCUGGUUGUUGAGAGCAUUUUGAUGCUGAUUACCGGUAUCGUCGUUGGCUGUGCAUUUGGGUGGAAACUAGGACUCGCCGCUACAGCUACUAUCCCCAUCAUCACAGUCUCUGGAUUUCUACAGUAUUACACCGUUGCACAGGUACAGAAGCAUAUCAAAAAUCAGGUAAAUGCGGUGACGGUCGCACAAGAGGCUUUCUCCGCCAUCAGAGCAGUCACUAUCCUCAACCUGCAGCCCGUCAUCAGUGAAGCCUUUAUCAGGGCGUAUGACCACGAUAGACAGGCUCGCUAUUGGGUGUUGUCGGCUGCUAUGUAUGCGUGCACGACGUCAGUCCGCAUCCUCAGCAUUGCAUUUGUAUUCUGGUUUGGCGGCGUCUAUCUCAUCGCCACUGGCGAGUAUGAUAUACGGCAGUUCUUCAUCUGCUUUGCAGCAACGGUGUGGGGGUCGCAGUCUGCGUCGGCCCUUUUUGCGCAUGCCCCGGAUAUUGCCGGCGCUCAUGCGGCUGCUCAGAAGUUGCAGGUGUAUGUCCAGGAUUUGGUCAUGCAAUCGUCCAAUGAGACGGCUAGUACUAGAUCCAUUCCUACUACUACAGCGGAUAUGGCAAUGGAAUGUGUGCGGUUUAGCUAUCCCACACGUCCGUCCCAGUUGACCCUAGACGACGUCAGUCUAGAUGUGCCAGCUGGCGCCUUCAUCGCUCUUGUUGGAGCUACAGGGAGCGGUAAAAGCUCUGUGAUCAAUCUGCUGGAGCGUUUCUAUCCCCCGAAUUCUGGCCGGAUCACGCUGGAAAAUGAUAAUAUUGAGGCCUAUCACCUGGAUAGCUACUGUAGGUAUCUGGCACUUGUGGAUCAGAACCCCUGCCUCAUUGGAGAGGAUAUACGAGAGUGUUUGCAGAGCGAUGAUCAUGUAGUGUCAGAUGAUGACAUUAUGGAGGCGUUGGAGAGUGUUGGCUUGGAUGACUUUGUGAUAUCCCUUCCACAUAAUCUGAGCACCCCCGUCUCUGGAAAUGGCUCAACACUGUCUGGUGGUCAGCGACAACGCAUGGCCAUCGCGAAGGCUCUUCUUCGCAAUCCUAGAGUUCUUCUACUCGAUGAGGCUACCUCUGCCCUGGAUGUUGCCUCGGAGAAAUUGGUCCAGGGUGCACUACAAACUGCGAUGAAAGGACGAACGACCAUCGCCAUUGCCCACCGGUUGAAUACCAUUGCCAACGCUGACAUGAUUUACCUUUUUGAUCACGGAUGUAUUAUAGAGAAAGGAACACAUAGCGAGCUGAUGGAGAAACGGGGCAAGUACUGGACGAUGGCGAUGCUACAGCAUCUUUGAUAGUGUAUUGAUUCUCGUGUGUAUAUUAUUCUAUGUAAGCAUAUACGGCAAAUAUGUAUAUCUCUGCCCUGAAUGAGGCCAUGUGCAGGUAACAGUAGGUCAACUUUCGAAGCAAGUUACUAGAAAUGGUGGACACUGAGCUGAGAUCCAGACUGGUACGACAACGGAGUACAAAAUGCGGCGACAAUGGUUCGAGACCUCUGUCAGACUCUUGCGUGAUAAAGUCGAAAUCUGAUUGAAAAGUAACACCCAGAUUCAGGAGGAACCAGGUGUAUUAAAUUAUUCUGCUUUUUUCUCCAUCGUCAGUGGUGUUUUUUGCGGGGUGUGGUAUGCUAUGAAUGGGCGUUGAAUGAGCGAUAACUCCUUAGCAG